CCAUCAAUUGCCGCCGUCGCUCUCGCCUAUCAUCUUCGACCAGGUUCUGGAAAUGGCUGACAGCCAAGAAUCUGGGGAUAAUGUAUCCGAAGCAACCUCAGUUGAUACUUCUCAGGAGCAACAGGCAACCAUUGAUGAGGUGCUUUCCAGGCACAGGAAAGAGAUAAAACAGCUGCAGAACAAGGAAACCGAGCUGAAGAAGGCGGCUGCUAAAGGAAGCAAGGCCGAACAAAAGACCAAGAAGAAGCAGGUUGAGGAAGAGAUCUCCAGACUCUCUGCAAAGCUCAAGGAAAAACAUGCCCAAGAACUUACCGCCCUAGGAUACAGCGGCGCUAAUGAAACAGACAACAAAAAAGGAGACAUUGACAGCCUGGUGCGGGCCAUAGCUGGUGUCGGUGUUGCUGCUCAGCCCGAGCAUUCCAGAACCAGCAAGAGCGCAAAGAGGCGAGAGAAACGUGCUCAACAGGAAGCGGCAAGAGAGCAGAGGAUUCAGGAGGAGCAGAGCAAGAUGACAAGCGACAACAUGGUGGAGAAGGAGAGGCUUGAGAGGAAGCUCCAGCCUCUCGGGCUGACCGUCAAUGAGAUAAAACCCGAUGGGCACUGCCUCUAUCGGGCCGUGGAGGACCAGCUGGCCCAUCUAACAGGCGGAGCCUCUCCUUACGACUACCAGAAGCUGAGGCAAAUGGUGGCAGCGCACAUGAGGGAGCACGCCACUGAUUUCCUCCCGUUUUUCCUGUCAGAGGGCGAGGAAGAAUCAGAGGGUUCAGUGGAAGAGCAGUUUGAGAAGUACUGCAGAGACGUCGAGUCAACGGCGGCAUGGGGGGGUCAGUUGGAGCUCGGGGCAUUGACUCAUUGCCUGCGGAAACACAUAAUGGUGUAUUCGGGAUCAUUCCCGGAAGUCGAGAUGGGGAAAGGAUGUUGUAGUUAUAAUUCUUAA